AUGGCUAAGAUCGUUCACACGCCCACUUUCGAGUCAGCUGUUGUCAAUAUCAUCUCAGGAUGCACUCUUUUGCCAGCAGAGCUCGAAGGCUUAAAGAUAUUUAACCUAUCUGCAAUGGCUGGAAAGAAACGGAAAGGCGGAGAUGGAGACUAUGCCUCACCGUUACUCCAGGGAGGUGGCAAAAAGAGAAAAACACCAAGUUCAACUGACUACGCUCCUAUAGUAAAGCAGAUCCCUCCAACCUCUAAUACGGUCGAGUGGCUGUUCUCUCAGUGCAAGUUCAUGCUUACACCGCAGCGACGAUCGGUGAUGCCUGCCAACUUUGAGCAACUGGCGUUUUUACGCGUUAACAGACACUUGUGGGAUCUGUUGCUACUAUGA